GAGUCUUUAGAUUAUGUGUAUUAAUGCUCUGCAAAACAUCCUGGCCACGAGCCUGACACCUUCAUCUUCAACCUCCUCUUUUAUCCUUGGCUCUGCUACUCUCAGUACUCUUGAAUUAUCUGUUCUCUACUCCCUCACGAAGCCAAAAGAAAACCACACCAGCUUCCACUUUUUCUUCUUAUUCUUCUUUGCAAAUUAAGUUUUAUUUUUCUCCUUUUUUUCACUUCUUAAUAUUCGCUAUAUAUAACAUAUACAAUAUAAUCAUGGCUCUUGAAACUUGGCUUGUUAAGGUAAAGACGGCGAUAUCUCACAGUUUUGACGUGGUGCGACCCGCCGCCCCGAACCCAAAACUGAUAAAGAAGUCCAAUGUCGGCGUGUUAGCCUUCGAGAUCGCUGGCCUCAUGUCCAAGCUACUCCACCUUUGGCAAUCCCUCUCAGACAAGAACAUAGUCCGCCUCCGCAACGAGACUAUCUCUGAACUCGAAGGAGUCUACAAGAUUGUCUCUGACGACGAGGCUUUCCUCCUCGGCCUCGCGUGCGCGGAGUUGGCCGAGAAUCUCAGACUUGUCGCGAAGUCAGUAUCCAGAAUAUGCACAAAAUGCGAGGACCCGAGUGUCUGGUGCUUUGAGCGCUUGUUCGAUGAGUUCGCCAACUCGGGUCGCGACCCCCAUGGUUGGGUUCUGAGCUUGAAAGAAAUGGAAGCUAGAAUCAAGAAGAUGGACAGAUACGUCACCGUCACGUGCACGCUAUAUCGAGAAAUGGAAGAGCUUUCUGUCAUGGAAAGUGGGCUAAGUAAAUCGUUGAAGUGCAAGGAAAAUGAAUCAUCGGUUUCCGAGCAUCAGCAGAAGAUUUUCUGGCAAAGACAAGAAGUUAAGUAUCUGAAAGAAAGAUCAAUCUGGAAUCGAAGCUUUGAUGCCGUAGCUUCCAUGCUCGCACGGUCUACUUUCACGAUCCUGGCAAGAAUUAAACUUGUUUUUGGCAUAGGAGGACCAUGUCCACAGUCUCUGACUCGCAGCCUCUCAGCUUCGGCCGCUGUCCACCCGGAUCACAUUCCCAGUUCUUGUCUCUUCGUGUCAGGGCAAUCCAUGAAAAGCUCAAGACUUGAGGAAAAGAAAGACUUGGCUGAUGGGUUUUUUGAGUCCAAUUCCAAGCUCAUAAAACCCCCAGAAACUACUCUAGGCGCUGCAGCAUUAGCACUGCACUAUGCGAAUUUGAUCAUAGUGAUGGAGAAGAUGAUCAAGUCGCCACAAUUGGUCGGCGUGGAUGCAAGGGAUGAUCUUUAUGCGAUGCUACCAAGUAGUAUAAGAUCGUUGCUGAGGGCCAGGUUGAAGGGAUCCGCAGGGUUUCCGGCCAGCGAUCCGGUGCUUGCUGGGGAGUGGAGAGAAGCUUUGGGAAGGAUUUUGGGGUGGUUGUCACCAUUAGCAUAUAAUAUGAUAAAAUGGCAAAGCGAAAGGAGCUUUGAGCAGCAAAAUUUGGUGCCCAGAACGAAUGUGCUGCUUCUGCAGACGCUAUAUUUCGCCAACAAGGAGAAGACCGAGGCUGCCAUUUCUGAGCUGUUAGUGGGAUUAAAUUACAUUUGGAGGUUCGAGAGGGAGAUGACUGCCAAGGCCUUGUUUCAAUGCAGUACCAACCUCAAUGGGAUUUUGAAUGUUAAAAUUUCCAGCUAAGGGGAUGGUUUUGCUUUCUUUUUUUUCUAUGGUGCAUCUAAUCGAAGAUCGUCAUGCAUGAUUGAUCAUUAUAGUUUUAAGCUGAGUUUCAGUUUGAUCUUUGAGGGUCUGUUUUACUUCUUACCAUGAUCUGUAUAAGAUAAUAAACCAUAUGAUUUUGUGUAAUCUAAACAACGCAAGGGCUUUCAACAUCAGAAGAAGCUCUAGC